ACCUGUGGCUGCGGAGAGUUCAUGGCUGUGGGGGGGGGCCUGUGGCUGCUCAGGGUCCGCACCUGCUGGGGAGCUCAGUGGCUGCAGGGGGGACAUGUGGCUGCUGGGGGUUCCUGGCUGCAGGGGGACCUGCCACCUCAGGCCUAGCCGUUCUCCUCUCCUGUCUUUCUGUGGGCGCUGGGGCAGGGGCUGCGGUAAGGAGGCAGGCCCAGGGCACCUCAGACACCCCCCCAGCUGCUGGGGGAGGGAGGCUCUAGCUCCGGCAUCCGGUGCCUGACAAAGAUCUCAGGGCGGGUGGCGCGUUGCGUCGAGCUCUCCACGUCCUCUCCUCUGAGCGGAGGGAAGAGCCACCGCCGCUUCGUGCCAUGUGGAGGGGACGGGCCCUGGGUGCCUGGGUGCUCCUCGCCAGCCUGGCCAUGGCCACCUGGAGUGCCCAAGGACAGAAGGUAAUUGUGAAAGAAGUCAGUGGGAAGGUGUUCCUGCAGUGUGCAACCUCCAGCACUCAUGCGUUCGAAUGGCUGAAAGAUGGGAAGCCAGUAGGAAACACAACACAGCUGGACUUGGGUGCAGUUCACAACGAUCCCAGAGGCACAUAUUCAUGUGAUAGAUCAAACAAGCCCACCCUCCAGGUGUACUAUCGAAUGUGCCAGAACUGCAUCGAAGUAGACGCUCCCACCAUCUCCGGGAUCGUGAUCGCAGAUGUUGUCGCCACUGUCUUCCUGGCAGUUGCUGUGUAUUGCAUCACUGGCCAGGAUAAGGGACGCAUGUCACGAGCUUCUGACAGGCAGAACCUGAUUGCCAACGAGCAACUCUACCAGCCCCUUGGUGACCGGGACGAUGGACAGUACAGCCGUCUGGCACCCGCCAAAGCCCGCAAGUGAAGCGGGAAGAUGCUGGGGCCUGUGACUCCUUCACACCAGGAGUGAUACAACUGCAAAGCUACCGCCAGCACCCAAGAGCUCCAGUACCCUGCCCUGGCACUGCCUUUGUAAGCACACUGCUGCCACAAGGAAGACAGUAUGGGUUUUUGCCUAGAGACCCCUCCAGCUCCUUGCUGGGAUGGGCUGCUUGUAGCACUCUGCUCUUUCCUUGACCUCCUGCACUUCUGUGUUUGUCUCAUUAAAGAUGAGCCUAUCCCAUA